UGCGUCUUUUUUGGAUCAGACGGCUCGGAGAAUGCCGAGGCCCCGCCAAGAAUAAAGGAGGUUUUGGAAGAUAUCGAAAGUCGCCUGUUAAGAUGUGAAGUCGAAAACCAUGUUGGGGACUUAGGACGGCUCACUGUGCCAAAGCCUUGCUCAGGAUUAAAUCUGAACCAUGUGGACGAAUUGUUCGGAGCUAUUGAGAGAAUCGUAGCUGUCGAAUCCCUGGAGUUUGUGGCACGCCAGCUUGACCUUGUUCGGCCUGUGAUGGAAUCCUUACUUCCUUCUACGAAUGAAGACAUGCUUGCUGAGUUGGAUAACUUCUAUGCGAAGAUAGUGUCAGUUGUCCCAGAAACUCGACGUUUGGUGUUUGAUUGUAUUGCGAGUCGUGCUCUCAAACUUCCUGUACUUAUCGCAGCGGUUUCAAAUACAAAGUGGGACAUAAAUGAACUGCAAACUCAACAUAGCAACUACGUGGAUUUCCUUAUAAAGGACUUCGAAGCAUUUUCACUCCGUUUGGAUCAUAUAGCUGAGUGUUUCAAUCUCAGUGACUCUAUUCGCAUCCUUUUGUGGGACAGAACAAUUUAUUACACAUUCAGAGCCUUGGUUCAAGGGUAUUGUGAAGGAGGAAAGUGUUCAACAGAAGGCCGCGCGUUGAUGCAACUCGAUUUUCAGCACUUAUUGCUUAAGGUGUUCCUUCCCAACAUUUAA